UAAGUAACAAACAAACAGGGAGGGGUAGCGAAAUACAGGGGGUGAUAUAAUGUAGAAGUUGAGAGAGAGAGAGAGUUAGAGAGGUAGGGUGACAUAGUGAUAUGCAGAUAUGAUUUAAAUUUCCUAAAGAAUCAUGCAAAGCACAGUGAAAAUACUAUUUGAAUACAAGAAUGUGGCGCGCGCAACUACAUGAAAUGCUGGCAACGCUCUAUAAACGAAUUUUAAAACUCAUGCGGUCACACUCGAAGCAAGUGGCAGCACUGCACCCAGGGCUGCGUUGGAACUUGCAAACAAUGUCAAUCGCUAUCGGCAGUCAUAGCAGGUCGAGAAACCAUUAUAAAAUAGCAAAAAUUAAAGUGAAAUGACGCGAAAAUAAAAUCGUCAAAAAAAAAAUAAUUUAAAAAAAAAUAAUAAUAAUGUGUAACGACGCGCAAACGACAAUGAUUAAACGGUGCAAUUGCUAAACGAAAUAUAGUCAAAACGAGAACAAAUACUGCGCAGCAUAAAAAUCCAGCUUCAGGAAAAGAGUCAUAAAAAUCGAUUCUCCAACAAAAAGUCACAGUCCACACAGUCAAGAGACGGCCAGAGGGAGACUUUUCGCGCGGGCGUCGGUGGAGCGCCCAGUGCUUGUUUUUUCUUCUCUUCUUUUUUGCCUGCUUACUUGCCAAAAGUCCAGCCAAGACACUGCGCGUGUGUUUGUGUGUGUGUGCGCGCUUAUUAUUUGCUUGCAAAAGCAAAAUCAAGUGCAGGAUAAACUAAUCAACGUAAUUAGGAGACAGCAGUAAUAUAAUUUUAGGCAAAUAUUUAAACGUCUGCCCAAAUAAUAAAGCGUGCAAAUACAGUUGAAUUCCAGCACACACCAGCCACAACAAUAAUAAUAAUAAUAAUAGUGUCUGCAUAUGUGUGUGUAUGUGUAUUUGUGUAAUAAAUAGCGCAAGUCAAGAAUGAAAUGGAAACAAGGCUCCCCCGCUACAUGACGUACCUCAGCUACAAUAACAACAACAACAAAUACAGCUAAAGCUCCAUCUACAGUUACUUUUAGGCGUGUGCGUGGCGCUAAUUGAAACGCUCACUAUUCCAAGCUCUCUAGCGCCCAUCCUCCCCCUCGCUUUUGUGACUCACCUGCCACCCAAACAAAAUAUAUUAGAUUGCGUGCCACACACAUAAUUCUCAGCGGGCUCAAUAAAAAGAAGAAAAAAAAAAUAAUACGAAAUAUCAGCGAACUACAAUAACAAGAAUACCGUCCCAGUCAUAUCCCUUUAUACGUAUAUAUAUAUAUAUAUAUAUAUAUAUGUAUUUAGUUUUGGUGGUUGCAUGAUUCACCCACUGAACGACUCAAACCAUAGACGUCGAAGCGUCUAAUAAAAAGUGAGAGUUUAUACAUAUUAAGAAGGCCUACAAGAUGUCAAGUGAUAAGAUCAAAGUUGCUGUGCGGGUGCGACCCUUCAAUCGGCGCGAAAUUGAAUUGGGUACAAAAUGCAUUGUCGAAAUGGAGAAGCAGCAAACCAUUUUGCAAAAUCCCCCGCCAUUGGAAAAAAAUGAAAGAAAACAACCAAAGACAUUUGCAUUCGAUCAUUGCUUCUACUCACUGAAUCCCGAGGAUGACAGCUUUGCGUCACAGGAGACGGUUUUCGAUUGUGUGGGACGUGAUAUACUGGAUAAUGCAUUUCAGGGCUAUAAUGCAUGCAUCUUCGCCUACGGCCAGACAGGCUCUGGCAAAUCGUACACAAUGAUGGGCUCACAGGAGAACAAGGGCAUUAUACCGCGUCUCUGCGACAAGCUCUUCUCGGCCAUAGCGAACAAAUCGACACCGGAACUCAUGUACAAAGUGGAGGUAUCCUAUAUGGAGAUCUACAAUGAGAAAGUGCACGAUCUGCUCGAUCCCAAGCCCAACAAGCAGUCGCUUAAGGUGCGCGAACACAAUGUUAUGGGUCCCUAUGUGGAUGGGCUGUCGCAGCUAGCUGUCACAUCUUAUCAGGAUAUAGACAACCUCAUGACCGAAGGCAACAAAUCGCGUACUGUGGCUGCCACUAACAUGAAUGCCGAAUCUUCGCGAUCUCAUGCCGUCUUCUCAGUCGUGCUAACACAAAUACUCACCGAUCAAACAACUGGCGUUAGUGGAGAGAAAGUCUCACGCAUGUCUCUAGUCGAUUUGGCUGGUUCCGAGCGUGCAGUCAAAACGGGCGCCGUUGGCGAUCGUCUCAAGGAAGGCUCUAAUAUAAACAAAUCCUUGACCACACUGGGCCUGGUCAUUUCCAAGCUUGCUGAUCAAUCGAAUGGCAAAAAAGGAGGCAAUGAUAAAUUUGUACCCUAUCGAGAUUCCGUGCUGACUUGGUUACUAAAAGACAACCUUGGCGGCAAUUCCAAAACAGUUAUGGUGGCCACCAUUUCGCCCUCUGCGGACAACUACGAGGAGACGCUGUCCACGCUACGGUAUGCGGAUCGUGCCAAGCGCAUUGUCAACCAUGCUGUGGUCAAUGAGGAUCCCAAUGCACGUAUUAUUCGGGAGCUGCGCCAUGAAGUGGAGACGCUGCGUAGCAUGUUGAAGCAUGCCACAGGCUCGCCAGUUGGUGAUGUCCAAGACAAAUUAGCCGAGAGCGAGAAUUUGAUGAAGCAAAUAUCUCAAACCUGGGAAGAGAAACUGGUCAAAACGGAGCGCAUACAAAAUGAGCGACAGCAGGCGCUGGAACAAAUGGGCAUCAGUGUACAGGCCAGUGGCAUUAAGGUCGAGAAGAACAAGUACUACCUGGUCAAUUUAAAUGCAGAUCCGUCCCUCAACGAACUAUUGGUUUACUACCUAAAGGAACGCACGCUAAUUGGCGGUCGCAGCAUUAGUGGCCAGCAACCGGAUAUACAGCUAUCUGGUCUUGGCAUACAGCCAGAGCAUUGUGUGAUCACAAUCGAAGAUAGCGGCUUGUUUAUGGAACCCGUCCAGGGUGCUCGCUGUUUUGUCAACGGGUCUGCAGCGGUGGAGAAGACGCCGCUACAGAAUGGUGAUCGUAUUUUAUGGGGUAAUCAUCACUUUUUUCGAGUCAACUCGCCGAGGAUAGGCAACAACACUAGUAUGUGCGCGUCGGAGCCACAAACCCCAGCGCAGCUCAUCGAUUACAAUUUUGCUCGAGAUGAGAUAAUGCAGAAUGAGCUAAGCAAUGAUCCCAUACAGACGGCAAUUGCACGCCUCGAGCGUCAGCACGAAGAGGACAAGCAAGUGGCGUUGGAGAAACAGCGACAGGAGUACGAACGUCAAUUUCAGCAAUUGCGUAAUAUACUCUCACCCAGCACACCCUACGCUCCGUAUGCGCCCUACGAUCCGCUGCGCAUGGGCAAGGUAACGCCCAACACGCCCACUUCGCAAAUGAGAGUAGAGAAAUGGGCACAGGAACGUGAUGAAAUGUUCAGACGUUCGCUAGGUCAGCUAAAAACCGACAUUAUGCGAGCCAAUUCGCUGGUGCAGGAGGCAAACUUUUUGGCCGAGGAAAUGGAGAAGAAAACAAAAUUCUCAGUUACUUUGCAAAUACCGCCAGCUAAUUUGAGUCCAAAUCGACGGCGUGGCGCCUUUGUCAGUGAACCCGCAAUUCUGGUUAAGCGCACAAAUUCGGGCAGCCAAAUCUGGAGCAUGGAGAAGCUGGAGAACAAACUGAUAGACAUGCGUGAGAUGUACCAGGAGCACAAGGAGCGCAUACUUAAUGGACUGCCCCUUAUCGAGACAUUCUCAGAUGAUGAAUUCGAUGACAAGGACGAGGACAACGGCAAACCGCAGGAUCCGUUCUAUGAGUCACAGGAGAAUCACAAUCUCAUUGGUGUGGCCAAUGUCUAUUUGGAAGUAUUGUUCCAUGAUGUCAAGUUGGACUAUCACACGCCAAUCAUUAGUCAACAGGGCGAGGUAGCAGGGCGCUUGCAGGUGGAAAUUCAACGCGUGGCUGGCCAAAUGCCGCAGGAUCGCAUGUGCGAAUCGGUUUCUGAGACCUCGUCAGCAGAUUCGCGAGAUGAAUACGAUGAUCCCGUAGACCCUAUGGCCAAUCAAAUCACUUGCCGUGUCACCAUCAAAUGCGCCUCCGGAUUGCCGCUAUCGCUAUCCAACUUUGUCUUUUGCCAGUACACAUUCUGGGGCCACCAGGAGAUGGUAGUGCCUGUAAUCAAUGCCGAAUCGACAGCUCAUGAUCAGAAUAUGGUAUUCAAAUUCGAGCACACUCAAGACUUUACGGUUAACAUCAACGAGGAGUUUCUGGAGCAUUGCAUCGAGGGCGCACUUUCCAUUGAGGUCUGGGGACAUCGCAGCGCUGGCUUCUCCAAGUCCAAAGGCUGGGAGGUGGAACAGCAACAAGCCAAGGCACGUUCCCUAGUCGAUCGCUGGGCGGAGCUAUCACGCAAGAUCGAACUCUGGGUGGAAAUACAUGAGCUAAACGACAACGGAGAAUACUCACCUGUAGAGGUUACAAACCGCAAUGAAGUGCUCACUGGAGGUAUCUACCAGUUGCGCCAAGGCCAACAACGCCGUGUGAAUGUUCGGGUCAAGCCAGUGCAAAACUCCGGCACAUUGCCCAUCAUCUGCCAGUCGAUAGUCAAUGUGGCCAUUGGCAGUGUGACUGUGCGUUCACGAUUACAGCGACCGCUGGACUCCUAUCAGGAAGAGGAUCUGACAGUGCUGCGCGAAAAGUGGAGCGAGGCGCUGGGUCGCCGUCGCCAAUACUUGGAUCAGCAAAUACAGAUGCUCAUUAAGAAGGAGGAGAAGAACGAACAAGAACGCGAACGUGAGCUGAGCCUAGUGCAUCAGUGGGUCUCGCUGACCGAGGAGCGCAAUGCAGUUUUAGUGCCGGCACCUGGAUCAGGUAUACCAGGCGCUCCCGCAUCCUGGGAGCCACCCUCAGGCAUGGAGCCGCACGUGCCUGUGCUGUUUCUCAAUCUAAACGGCGAUGAUCUCUCCGCGCAGAAUACAAACGAUGAGCUGUCCAUAGCAGGCAUCAAUUCCAUUCUCUCCAAGGAGCAUGGCCAUAGAUUCUAUACACUACAAAUCUUGCAGCAUCUAGAUAAGGAUGUAUGCUGCGUGGCCAGCUGGGACUCCUCCAUGCACGACAGUCAAGCGCUGAAUCGUGUGACCGAAGCCAACGAACGCAUCUAUCUAAUAUUGCGCACCACAGUGCGUCUAUCGCAUCCGGCGCCCAUGGAUCUGGUGUUGCGCAAACGUCUCAGCAUAAACAUCAAAAAGGGACAAACUCUAACCGAUCGUCUGAAGAAGUUCCGAUUGGUGCGCGGCGAGAAUGCAAUUUGGCAGAGCGGCGUCACCUACGAAGUGGUAUCAAAUAUACCCAAGGCCUCUGAAGAGCUCGAAGACCGCGAAUCACUGGCACAGCUAGCAGCUAGUGGUGAUGAUUGUUCCGCUUGCGAUGGCGAGACCUACAUAGAGAAAUACACGCGUGGUGUCUCGGCUGUGGAGAGCAUAUUGAUCUUGGACCGUUUGCGUCAAAGUGUGGCAGUUAAGGAACUGGAGACGGCGCAUGGACAGCCACUCUCCAUGCGUAAGACUGUCAGUGUGCCGAACUUUUCGCAGACGGUCAAAGAAACCACCACAACCGGGAGUAUCAUGCGCUUCGAUGCCUCCAUGGAGUCGCUGCUCAACGUGGGCCGCUCCGAGUCCUUUGCGGAUCUCAACAACACGGCGCUGGGUAAUAAAUUCACGCCAGCAGCACUCAACGGCGCCGGUGGCGGAGGGGCUGGAGGCGUUGGCAACGGUGGUAUUAUACGCAAUCGCCACAGUUUUGGUGGUAAGGGCAGCAGCGAUGAUUCCCCAGGGAAAGCCUUUGGCAUUGCGCGUCCAACAUUUUUGAAUCUCAAUUUGAACUUGAACACAUUGAGAAUUGCGCCAACGAAACCAUCUCCGGCCACGAGCAAGCUGCUGGGCAUGCGCAUGACCACGCUGCACGAAGAACCGCUGGGCGGUCAUCGUUCGCUGGACGAGGAGCCAGAAGACAGCUACAGCGACUCAGAAUAUGCCGCUGAAUACGAGCAGGAGCGACAGCAAAACAAAAGCCUUGCCACACGCUCUCGGCUGACCGCCUCCAAGACCAUGGACUCGUUCAUGGACGUCAGCAGUCAUUCCAGUCAAAGCUACUUGAGCUACACAUCCAGCGCCAAUGCGAACAUGAAACAUUUAACUGGUCUGACCACGCUCAGCAUGAGCUCGUCGACCAGCAGCGGCUAUGGCUCACAGGCGGUGUCCUGCAAUAAUCUAAGCAAUGAGGAUAUUACCUCCAUGCGCUCCAUGAGCAUUGAUGAGACGCCAGAUUUCGAACGAAUCAAUUCCAACUCGCCGCCGAAUCGUCAGCCACGUGUCAAUCCCUUCCUCAAGGACAUGCCAAAAGCCAAAACGCACGAAGCUGAGACUAAGAAGCUGCAACAAACUAUGACGCAUCCGUUGGAGCUGCCCAAGGAUAAUGCACAAAGCGAUGAGGAAUGUGAACAGCUGCAAACCAAUAACAACAAUGUGGACAAUGUUACGGUGAGCCAGGAACAGCAGCAGCUGCAGCAUGAGCAGCAGCUGAAUCAACCGGAAACAGUCGAGCAACAGACGGAGAUGCCUGUAGUUGAGCAGGCCACAGACAAUCAGAAUGGCAACAAAAUGCAGGAGCAUGUCGAAUUAGACGAGCAGCAGCUGGAAGGCGAUGGCGUAGUCAAGGAGCAGCUGCCACCGGGUAAAGUAAUGCGUCGUAAAAAGUCAACGACGCAACCACCGAGCAAUGGCGACAGCAGCAACAACAACAACAACAAUAGCAACAGCAACAGCAAUAAUACAAGCCAAGUGACACGCAACAACAACCAACAACGCGCCUCGGUGGCCAAAAUGGAAGGAUUAGGCGCAUAUUUGGAUGUGAAUUCCAGCAUAAUGUCGAGCAGCAUAGAAACGGAAGAUGAAGGCAAGGAUUUGGAUGUGACGUUGCCUGAAUGGAUCGUGGUGGGUGAAUCGGUGCUUAUACGUCCGUAUAAUACCAGCGGGGUGAUUAGCUUUGUGGGCACCACACACUUUCAGCCAGGCGCCUGGAUAGGCGUCGAGCUGGACACGCCCACGGGUAAGAACGAUGGCACCGUACAGGGUAUACAGUACUUCCAGUGCAAGCCGAAGCAUGGCAUCUUUGUGCGAGCCGAUAAGUUGCUUCUGGAUAAACGCGGCAGAGCAAUGCGUGCCUAUAAGGCAGCGGAGAAGAGCAACAGCAUUAGCAAAGAGAUGAGCAGCUCAAUGAGCAGUUCGAUGACGCGAUCGAAGAGCCGUGGCGAAUCGCUAAAUGUGUCAGCGCGCAAAUGAUUGUAUCCGAAAUGUUCGCAUCAGCUGCAGCGUUGGACUAAUUGCAGGCAAUCGACGCUGGUUAGCAAAGGAGUUAAUUCAACUACAAUAGCAGCUACAUCGACUGCGACCCCAACUCCAACUACCUGCCACAGAUUGCGUGCAACCAGCAGCGCUGCCGAUGCGAACAGCCAUGGCAAGAAGUGUUAUGCGAAUCGACGCUCGACGGCCUUCUAAGGUCGCCAACGAUUCCAGAUCGUCCAGCAACGAAACAAUGCGGAGCAUUAACCAAUACACACACAUACAAACACACGCUAGCUUAACUUAACUAUCAAUCGCACUGCAUGCCGCAAUUACACACACAAACACACACAGCACACCUAAUCGGACGCUUUGAUAUGUAGAGUUGUACGGCAGUGUCUACGGCAACUAUAACUAGCAAUUAUAAAAAUGAAUUAUAGAAGUGGCCGAAGCCCCCUCUGCCAGCUGCUGCAUCCGCUCUUAAUGGAUAAACUAAGCAAACUAAAGCGUUUGCGUAGUUGCAUUAACCAAGUGCAAUACCACAAACACUUUGGAUCUAUAGACACUUAGUUUAAAUCGUAGUUUCUAAUUAUGUUCGUUUAAAUGUGUCUGCGUGAAUGUUUCCUAAUGACGAUUAUUUUUCAA